CUUGUAACCUGGAGUACGCGGGGUGCAGAGUUGUGUCACCGCUCCGGCUCCCUGGUUUUGUUGUCAUGUCCGACAGCGGCACUUAACUAAAGCCGAGGCUUGGGAUUCGGUGCCUGCCGCGUUGUCACUAUGGAUGAGUAUGAAUUAUACGGGGUAGAAGAUGAAUUUGAGAGCCAGUUCGCUUCAGAGUUGGAGGUGCUUGCUGAGCUGGAUGAUGAUGCACCUCGUCGCCCUGCCUACAAAACCUCACAGUUGCGCAACAAGCUUUCAUUUGAAGACGCCAUUUCUUCUGGAGAGGUUUCCAACACCACCAAGAGCAAGCAAGGAGAAGAAUCUAAUGGAGUAUCUGAUGCCGAGCUCAGUACCAACAAGUCUAGAAAGAGAGGGGCUAGUUUUCUUCAUGAAGACGAUGAGUUCUCCGACAGCUUCUAUGAGCCUCCAAUAACUCCAAAGCACAAGCGUCCUAGAGUCGAAGCUGUUAAAAAAUUGGACUUUGGGGGUGUCGAGGAUGUUGGAAACAGCACAUUAAGUGAUGAUAUUACACCACCGCCCUCCCCGGAUUAUACUCAGAUGAAAAAGGAAAGGAAUAACAAGUUUCUGAGCUGUGAUCCUUUUGAUGUAAGCGAUAUGGCUCCUUUGCAAGUCACUAUCACGGAGGCAGAGAAGCGCGUAUUGAAACGCCCCCCUGUACUGGAGGAAUACAUUCAUGUGACAUCAAACGAUGGGACUAGAGCUUACAUGGUACUGAGAGAUGAUUCACAUAGCACAGACCCUCAGAUCUCUAAGACGGGGCUUAAUUGGAGAGGUGAACAGCAACUGAAUCUCCUAGGGGUGCCUUUCUCUUACCUAAAGGAGCAGGUUGCAGAUGAGCGACGGCGGCACGUCUUGGAGGAAUCACAGCGUUUAACAGAGAUGCUGAACAGCCAAAUUAAUGAGGAGUUUGGGGAGACUGAAAACGAGGCUACAGAUCUUGGCUCCAUUAAUGAGGAAGAGGAGGAUAAUAAUAGUUCUGCUUCCACCUGCCUUUGGGUAGAUUGCUUUACACCCAGACACUACACUGAGCUGCUAAGUGAUGAUUACACAAAUCGCUGUCUUCUAAAAUGGCUGAAACUAUGGGACACUGUAGUCUUCGGAAAAGAAAAGGUGGCAAAGAAGCCUAAGGCAAACCCCGAUCCUCGUUCCAACUUCAAGUUUCAGAAAGAGCAACAGACUAAGUGGAAAACAAAGACACAGAUCACAGAGGAGCUUCUGGAUGCUGAGCUGGACCAGCACAACAGGCCCAAACACAAAGUUGCCCUGCUGUGUGGUCCCCCUGGUCUUGGAAAGACCACGCUGGCACAUGUAAUUGCAAAGCAUGCUGGGUACAAUGUUGUGGAAAUGAAUGCCAGUGAUGACCGGAGCCCGGAAAUUUUCAAGAUACGUAUAGAAGCUGCCACUCAGAUGAAAUCUGUUUUAGGAAUGGAUGAGAGACCAAAUUGUCUUAUCAUAGAUGAGAUUGAUGGCGCGCCGACAAUCUCAAUUAACAUGCUUCUGACAUUGAUUAACCGUAAAGAUGCCAAAGAGACCGAGGCUGCUAGCGAGACAGGUCCCACGAAGAAGAAAAAGAAAGAUGGGGGGCUACUGCUGAGACCAAUUAUCUGCAUCUGCAAUGACCAGUACGUCCCGUCCUUGCGGCAGCUCAGACAACAAGCCUUUAUGUUGAAUUUCCCGCAGACGUUGCCCUCCCGAUUGGUUCAAAGGUUAUAUGAGGUCGCAAUUAAACAAGGUAUGAAGGCUGAUACUGGCGCUCUCAUGGCAUUGUGUGAGAAGACAGAGAAUGACAUAAGAUCGUGUAUCAACACCUUACAGUUCCUGCACGGUAAAGGAAAGAAAGAUCUAAGUCUGCGCACUGUGCAGACCAUGAAAAUCGGGCUCAAGGAUCAGAACAAAGGCCUGUUUUUUGUGUGGCAGGAAAUAUUUCAGCUGCCCAAAAUGCAAAGAAAACGUAUUGGUCAAGACGCCUCAGCCACUGAUGUCCCACACAUUUUGGGUUCUGACAAUGACCCACUAAAUGUUCUAGGCAGGACACCCCUGAGUGCUAUUGCGCAGAGAUUCCAUCACAUCCUUCAACUCAGUGCCUCUACAGGAGAGUAUGAGAAGCUGACUCUGGGUCUGUACGACAACUUUUUAAACAUGAAGCUGAAAGAGUCCAGUUUUGGAAGUGUGUGUGUCGCUCUGGAUUGGUUGGAAUUCACAGACAUUGUGAAUUCGACAAUAAUGCAUGGCCAGAACUUCCAGCUAAUGAGAUACCUCCCCUUCCUGCCUGUGGCAUUUCACCUGUUGUUUGCAGCCAACAACAUCCCCCGCCUUGCCUACCCCAACAGCCACUACGAGGCGCAGAGCAAACUGUAUCAGAUGCAGAACCUACUGACUGCAAUGAUAGCUGAAAUUUCUCCAGCCAUCCGGACUCGUGUUGGGUCCCAGUCUCUAGUGCUGGACGCACUCUGCCUUCUCCUUGAUGUCAUCUCUCCAAAGCUGCGCCCUGUGAAUACACAGCUGUUCAGCCUGAAAGAGAAACAGCAGUUGGCAGAGCUGAUUAACACAAUGCUGGCAUAUAACCUGACGUACCAUCAGGAACGGACCCCAGAUGGACAGUACGUCUACAAACUGGACCCGAAUGUGGAGGAUGUGUGUAGAUUCCCAGAUCUUCCAGUCCGUAAACAGCUGACUUACCAAGCAAAACAACUUAUAUCGCGUGAGAUUGAACUGGAGAAAAUGAGGCGAUCUGAAGCAUUCCAGCAGGCAAGGAACGCAGGAAGGCAAGAGAACAUCAGCUCUGGCAACACAGGCGUAACCACAGAUGUGAAGGCUGCAGCGAAAGCCGUUAAAUCCGGCCCUCUGAACCACGAACAGCGAUUAGAGAACAUAAUGAAGAAAACAGCCUUUGAGGAGAAGCCUGAAAAGGAUUUCUUUGGCCGUGAGGUAGUCAAGAAAUUAAUAUCUACAGAUUCAGGAAAACCAGACCAAGAGGAGUCUGUUGAGAAACGCAUCGGGACAGCUGUGGGAAACAGUCACGUUUGGUUUCGGUUUAACGAAGGAGUUUCGAAUGCUGUGAGGCGAAAUGUUUAUAUUAAGGACCUACUUUGAUGAUUGUGGGAUCUAUAGACUUUAAACAAAAAGGAUCAUUUUGAUCCCUCCACUGUCUUCAUUCAAACUCAAGAACUUUAUUUUUUUUUAAGAAUUCAACUGUCACGGAAGCAGUUUCGACUUAAGGAAAGACCUGUCGGGUGACUUCGGCUAAAAUCCAUUUGUUUGCUAGUUUUUUUACAAGUUUAAAAAAUCCACUGUUAAAUAUAUGCUCGUAUGUUUCUAUUUAUUCCUCAUAAUCUGUUUUCUGGUUAAAGGAAUGUGAAACCCCAAAUUUUAUUUUCAUGAUUCAGAUAGAGCAUACAAUUUUAAACAAUUCACUUUUAUUAUCAAAUUUGCUUUGCUGUGUUAGUAUCCUUUUGUUGAAGGAGCGGCAAUACAUUACUGGGAGCUAGCUAAACACAGGAUGAGCCAGUGACUCAAGAUAUACACUUGUAGUCACCAGCUAGCUCCCAGUAGUGCAUUGCUGUGCCUGAGCCUACCUAGGUAUGCUUUUCAACAAACGAUACCAAAGAAACAAAGCAAAAUUGAUAAUAGAAUUCAAUUUGACUAACAGUUAUAAGUGCAUGCUCUAUCUGAAUCAUUAAAAAUUAAUUUUCACUUUACUGUUUCUCAGAAAAAAAAGAAAAGCAGUGUAUUUUGCAAUAAUUAAAAACAAAAAAAAACAAUAACAAAUUGUGUUAAAUUAUUAACAACUGCCCAAGUGUGUAUACAGAUUUCAUAAAGAGGAUAAACAUUUUAAAUUAAAAGAAAACAUUGCCUUUGUUCUGUUUCACCACCUGUUUUGUAUUUAAAAAAAAAAAAAAAACACAAAACAAAAAUAAAUAUCUUUUUCAUCA